AUGUUAGUAUUACUGCUAAUAAAUGCAUUAUUCAAUGCUAUUACAAGAACAGUCUAUGGCGAAAUCGCAACGAUGGGUCGUCAACCGUUGGGCAUCAAUCCAACCCUGUAUGAUUCGAAAGUGGAUCCAAUUAUGCAGCUAGAUGAAAUGACUUUUAACGAUACUGUCUUCUGUAAGCAGUCAACGGCGGAUGACUGCACUGCAUACGUCGUCGAGUUUUACUCGGAUUGGUGCGGACAUUGUCGAGCUUAUGCACAGACGUACAAAUCACUGGCUCAUGAUAUCCAUGGAUGGGAUAAAGUUGUCCGAGUGGCUGCAAUGAACUGCGCCGAUCCACUGAACGAUGCAACCUGUCAAGCUAACGGUGUCCUCUUCUUCCCGUAUAUCAGGUAUUUUCCACGAAAUUCAUCCAGCCCAGAAUAUGGUCUGUCACUGAAGCCGAUGCCGACGGUUUCUGAAAUGCGCGGCAUUAUCACCGAAUCGAUUCUGCUUAUACUUGAUAUGUCCAAAUAUUCGGAUCGACUGGUGGCUCGCCGAUGCUUGAAAUCUCAUCCGUUGGCAGACGCUCUGCAUAUCAGGGAUUUUCCCACUUUGGCAAUUUUCAAGCGGGAGCAGAGGACACCGCUGCUGGUCGCCGAGUACGGUUUUUUUUUCCUGAACAUUAUCAGUGCAUAA